AUGGCUUUCACCACAGAGCUCCAGAGCAGUUCCAGGUUAUUAGCCCUUAUUGCCCCCAUUGUGGCAGUGCUGGGCAAGGAUGCCAUACUGCCCUGCUCCCUAGUCCCUGGCAUCAAUGCAGAGAACAUGGAACUGAGGUGGUUCCGCACCACAUUCUCACAAGCAGUGUUCAUCUACUGGAACCAACAGGAACAGACUGAGGAGCUGAUGGCUGAUUAUAGAGGGUGGACCUCACUGGUGAGCAAGUUCCUCACCCAGGGGCAGGCUGCUGUGCACAUCCACAAGGUCCAGGUUUCUGAUAAUGGAAUGUACACCUGCUUCUUCAGACAUGGAGGCUUCUCUGAAAAGGCUGAUUUGGAACUAAAGGUGGCAGGGAUGGGUGCUGACCCUCAAGGGCACAUAGAAGGACCAGAAGAGGAUGGAGUGCGUGUGAUGUGCAAAGCCUCAGGAUGGUUCCCAAAGCCCCAGGUGCAGUGGAGAGACCUCUGUGGAAACAAGUUCCUGGCCCUUUCUGAGGACCAAACCCAAGACAGUGAGGAGCUGUUUAGUGUGGAGGCCACUCUGGUGGUGAGAGACAGUUCUGUGGGGAAUGUGACCUGCUCUGUCCUUAACCCUGUCCUGGGCCAGGAGAAAGCCAUGGCUAUUUACAUCCCAGCCUGGAGGAAGGCCCCCCUGUAUGCAGAUUGGCGGAAGGAACAAUUCCAAGCCUGUGUUGGCAUCACCAAUGUUGUUGCUGUAGCAGAAGUGAUGGUCACAAUACUGGUACUGGUUCUCAAGGGACCUGUCACAAGUCUAACCCCCAAAUAA